UAAAAAAAUAGGCAAAUUUGGAAGGAAGGAAAGAAAGAAAACCCAUUGAUUCUUGAUCCCGUGUCUCAUUUUUCUUUACUUAUUUUCUCUUUGAAUAUGCAUACAUGAAGCAGAAGGAAAUAAAUUUGGACCAUCAGAAGUAAAAAAGCGCAGAAAAACAAAGGAAAUCGAAUUGGAGGAUUUGAGAAGAAAGAUUGAAGCUUUGGUAUUUGGCAAACAGGAACAAGUUCUCAUCAAAAGCAAUGGAUUCUCAACAACUUCAUGUAGUUUUUGUUCCUGGUCUAACUCCCGGCCAUAUGAUUCCAAUGAUAGACACAGCAAGACUAUUUGCAAAGCAUGGUGUAAAUGUAACCAUCAUCAAUACUCAUGCCAAUGCUUCAACGUUUCAAAAAACCAUAGACAGUGACUUCAAUUCAGGAUACUCCAUCAAAACUCAGCUUAUUCACUUCCCUUCAGCUCAAGUUGGUCUGCCUGAUGGAAUUGAAAACUUUAAAGAUGCCACUUCCUUAGAAAUUUUUGGUAAAAUGAUGCAGGGAAAUCUGAUGCUUCAAGAUCAAAUUGAGAUUUUGCUUCAAGAUCUUCAACCAGAUUGCAUAAUAAGCGACAUGACUUAUCCUUGGACUGUUGAAUCAGCUGCGAAACUAAACAUUCCAAGGAUUUACUUUUACAGUUCAAGCCUAUUCUCCAACUGUGCAAGCUAUUUUUUGAGAAAGUAUAGACCUCAUGAUGAUUUAGCUUCUGAUACACAGAAAUUUACUAUUCCUUGUUUGCCUCAUACCAUUGAGAUAACAUCUUUGCAGUUAGCUCGUUCGACAAGGGUUAGCAAUUCAACCACAAGUGCUUUUGGAGAAAUGUUCGAAUCGGAGAAAAGAAGUUAUGGAACACUAUACAAUAGUUUUCAUGAGCUUGAAAGUGAUUAUGAGAAACUUAGUCAAACUACAAUAGGAAUCAAAUCAUGGAGUGUAGGGCCAGUUUCAACAUGGAUUAACAAAGAUGAUGAAAAUAAAGCCAAUAGAAGACAUAUUGAAAAAGAGGGAGAGUUGUUAAAUUGGCUAAAUUCUAAGUCAAAUGAGUCUGUUUUGUAUGUAAGUUUUGGAAGCCUUACUAGGGUUUCUCAUGAACAGCUUGUGGAAAUAGCUUAUGGACUUGAAAAUUCAAGUCAUAAUUUCAUUUGGGUUGUUAGAGAAAAGGAUAAAGAUGAGGAUGGAGAAGGUUUCCUACAAGAUUUUGAGGAAAGGAUGAAAGAAAGCAAAAAGGGUUAUAUCAUAUGGAACUGGGCACCGCAGCUUCUGAUAUUGGAUCACCCUGCAACAGGAGGGAUAGUGACUCAUUGUGGUUGGAACUCAAUCCUUGAAAGCUUGAGUGUUGGUUUGCCAAUGAUCACAUGGCCAAUGUUUGCUGAGCAAUUUUAUAAUGAGAAGUUGCUUGUUGAUGUUUUGAAGAUAGGAGUUUCAGUUGGAUCAAAAGUGAACAAGUUUUGGCUUAGCAUUGGAGAAGAUCAUGUAGUGGUGAGAAGAGAAGAUAUUGCAAAGGCUGUUGAGAUUUUGAUGGGAAGUAGUCAAGAGAGCAAGGAAAUGAGGAUGAGAGUAAGAAAGCUUGGUGAUACUGCCAAGAGGAGUAUAGAGGAAGGUGGACAUUCCUACAACAACUUGCUUCAGUUGAUUGAUGAACUGAAGUCAUUAAAGACUGCUAGAGAACUUGAAAAAAGAGGAUUAGAUAAUUGAGUUGAUGUUGACAUUGAUUUUAUGUUAAUGCUCUAGGAGUUGCAGGUCGUUUAAUUUUAUUAAGUUUUUUGAUUUUGUCACAUGAUGAAUAAUAUGUAAGUACUUAUUAAGCAGAUAAUUCUCGUGUUGAAAUUUGUUAUUA